CUUUCCUAAAAUAAGACUACUGAAGUGUCACAAGAAAAAACAGUUAAAUACUCCAAAGGGUGUCACUAGGCCCUGUAAUUGGCCCCCGUGCGCAGAAAGAACUUAUCAGCUGUGACAGGAAGGCUGUCGAUCUAAGUAAGACACUUAACUCAGACCAGAGUUGAUGAAAUCGGAUGUGAAAAACAACGAACUGAGAAAACGGAAGUAGCUGGUGAAAAAAAUUAUACACAGAAAGGGGAAGUAGUAGCAACUUCAAAUUUAAUCGACCUCCCUUAGAAAUUAACGUCUGCAACCACAAACUAGAAUAACCUGAUUCUCUUAACCACUCCCCUUCUGAAAGACGAGGCACAGACAGCAGGGAAGCUGUGAUCUCUUGUCAUGCUGGAGGAGCAGAGCAAACAUGAAGAAAGGAGCAGUAACAUGAUUAAGUUUCACAACAAUGAAUUCUAUACCGCUAUUAUGGAUGAAGAUGUGGCACGUAUUGAGGAUGUGUCAAAAAAGCACGGGAGCAACCUUCCCAUCCAGGUACAAGUUGGUGAACCUGGGAACAUUUUCUGGAAGGGCCUUCCUCUUCAUCUGGCUGCCUCUUACAGAAGAGUAAAGAGCAUGCAGAACCUGAUUUCAUUAGGAGCAGACCCAGGCAUGAGGGACCAGUUCGGUCGAACCACAUUACACUUGGUGAUAACCAGUUGGCCCCGUACCUCGACUCCUUGGCCAAAACCAGAUUCCAACCUCCAGAAUGCUGUGAUUGGCUCACACAGGAGGGCAGAGGCCUGUCUACAGCUCCUCUGUGAGCAAGGUGUGGACGUCAAUGCAGAGGUAGAGGGUGAGAGUCAUGAGACAGCUCUCCACCUGUCAGUGCGCUACGCUGCUCUGUCUGCAGUCCAAACUCUCACCAAAUACGGUGCUGAUGUCAAUGCCGUGAACAGCAGCGGGAUGACGCCCUUGCAUAUGGCCGCAGGGAUCCUCCAUAAGAACAUUAUUGUCAACUUGAUCAGACAGGGAGCAGAUAUCAACAUGGGGGUGAAGCACACAGGAAACACAGCUCUACACCUAGCUGCUGUGGCUAAGGCCAUGAAGAGCGCUAAAACCCUGGACAACGACAUCAACUGCAUUUCCGAGCUGCUGGAGCACGGGGCCAAGCCCGACCCAGAGAACAAGGCCGGACUUACACCUUUACAGGAGGCGUGCUGCAUGGGCAACGAGGAGCUGGUGGACCUGCUGCUCAGGUACGGAGCAGACAUCAACAAGCUGAGCCGAGCAGGGGAGAACUGCUUGUUUCUGUUCCUGAACAACAAGACCAAUGUAAAGAACAGCUCCCUGCUGGGGAAACUCAUCAACCUGACAUCCCCGCUCACCGUAUACAACCAUAACGGUGACCUGCCCUCAACCUUGACAUUACCGUGUUUCUCCAAGCAGCGAGAACAGCUACUGAAACUCAUUCAGCAUCCAAGAAGGCUUCAGGAUAUUUGUAAGAGUUAUAUUUAUGUGAAACAUGUACAAGGCAAGAAAGGGGAACUGAAAAAAAUGCUGCCCGAGAGGCUAUGUGACUUCAACUACUGGGAGAACGUACACGACAUCUCCUUUGAGACUGAUGACGGACUCGUUAAAUAACAGAUUGAUAUCACUCAAACUUGACACCAGUCUGUCACCACAACUUGCAGGUGACUGUAAUGUUGCAUUAAACUGCAAAGAUACACCACAUAUAUGAACAGAUGCCUGUCAAUAAAAUCCACGAAAG